GUGACGUGUGGUGGGUGGGGCUAGCACGAGCGCGCGGCGGGAAGUGCAAACAGCCUGCAUGCAUGCACCUCAGGACAGUGGGAAGAAGACAUGGGAAAGAACGCAAGAAGAAGGCGCCGCGGAGGAUUGGAUGGAGCCCCAGCUUCCAAGAGAAGAAAGCGGACGGAAUGGACCGACUCGCCGCUCGGACGGGCCGUGGAGCCGGCUGGACUUGUACUCAGUGAUGGCACUGAACCCAAUAAACUCACUGUGGAGCCUGCAAUAUUCCAGAAGAAGCUGUCUGCUCUAUUCAGACGUCAUCCCAACACUCAAGAGGCCGUGGACGAGUUUACAGAGAGCCUGAAGAAAUACACUGACAACUCGGUCAGAUUCAGACAGGCGCUGCUGCCUACCAGUGUGGCAGAUGGAGCCGACGUCAUGUCUCGGUCAGGAGGUCUGGACAGUCUCAUGAGGCAGCUGCUCUCAGUGGACUACCUGCAGCCUUCAGUUGCUCACCUCCUCCUUCUUAGACUCAGCAGUUAUAUGGACACUGAGCCUUCCUCUCAUUCUCUAAAUACAAGGGAGUUAUGUCAGAUGCCAGCUCUCAUUAUUAACCAACUGCGAUGGUUGGAUCAUAUUGUUAAUGGAAAGGACUUGUGUCGAGAGCUGCUGGAGGUGGUGGGUGUUGCUCCAGUUGAGAUACAGAGAGAGAUCGUCACGGCGAUUCCAGAGAUCCUUGAUGACGCUCAGCACAAUAAUGCGGCACUGGAACUCAAGUCCCUUCUGCAGUCGAAUUCAGGUCUGAUGGCUGCAACUAUUGAUGCCAUGUCAAGCCUCAACCUCUCCUUUGACAUCGAGGCAGAGGUUCUUGAUGUAGCUAUGGGGUGUCUUGGAACUGCAUCGGUUGCCGACCUUCCACUUGUUCUGAGGUUUAUUAUGCAGCAAGUCAACUCCAAGAGCGCUGUGGAGAUUAUCGGGGAAGUGAGAGAGAAGCUGGAUUUCGAGUCGUCAUUUCUCUCUCACCCGGCUGCUUGCUCCACCCCUCGCUCUUCUUCCCAGAGACCGUUUGUCAGGCUGUCAGCCGAGGUCUCCGACCGGUUCAUGGUGUUUGAUGCCAUCAGCUCCUCCAUUCGGUUCAAGAAGCCAGUCGCCGAUGGCUGGAUGAAGUCUAUUGAGGCAGUGGCGGAGCAGUCGGAGCACAAGGUCAUCGAUCUCUUUGUUCUGUUCAUCCUCCAUUCUCUCCCUGCAAGGAAGAAAGCUGUGGAAACUCUGUUUGCCACUAAAGUGCGGACACAGCUCUUCACAGACGAGCUACUAGCAGCUGCCUUUGGCCCCCAUGCUAAGGCUCUGUCAGAGUUUUUCCCGAGUGUGUUGUCACUGUGUGAGUCUCUGCUGGCCUCCUCCUCCCCCACCAUCACAUCCUUCACCACAUCACUGUAUCAACAUCUCUUCUCCACCUUUGACAUCUACUGCAGACAGGAGGUGAUAGGGACCCUGGUGACCCAUAUUGGCAGUGGUAUGCCGACCGAGGUGAACCACGCUCUAGAUAUACUGGCCACUCUGGUGGAGACAAGGCGAUCGGAGAUGGACAGAUUUGCGGUGCUCAUCAAGGGAGUGUUGGAUUAUCUGGAGCACCUCAGCGUGGGCCAGAUCCGCCGACUCUAUUCCGUUCUGAGCGUGCUCGCGUUCCACGACGUGGAGACCGGGGGCUCGGGAGUGCAGGACGAGAUGCAUACUCUCAUCAGGAAACAGCUGUCCCACGUGGAGUCAAAGUAUAGACGUAUGGGUGUAGUGGGUGCAGUGAUGAUAAUCCAGCAGCUGGGUCGGAGGAGGGAGACGACGGACCUCUCUCUCAGACUGACGUCUGGCUGCUCCCAGAGCUCCAGCCAGUCCGACUCCACCCUCCCUCCUGCCAGGAGAAGACAGGCAAUCUCCAUGUUGGACGACGUGAUGCGGAACUGCAGCAAAUCCCCCGAUUCUGCCGUCCUCUUCUGCGACGAAAUGACGGCAGCUGUCCAGUCCCUCCCGCUGGACCACGCCCUCCUCCGGCACCUCUGCGACGAGACCACCUCCGUCUUCCAGGACACGUUCCUCGUUGAGGUGUCGGACUCUCUCCCCAGUGACCUCGGUCUCCCCGUGGAGCUGGCUCACGGCCUCGACAGCUCCGAGGAGGAUUCCAUUGCAGUCAACAUGUUCCCUCUGGCCACGAGGCAGGACGAGAGGUCGAGGGAGAGAGGGAGCUGUCUGAGAGGAAUGGCGGCACAGUUCCGUCUGCUGCGGGUCUGCGAGCAAAUUCUGAAUGGUUCUCUGGAAGGAGUUGACGCUUUACUUGGAGCUCCAGUUGUGAUGUCUGUCAGAGAUCGUCUGGAGAGCGAGAGAUUUGAGGAUCUCCCUCUCGUCAAGAGACAGAGUGUCUGCCUCUCCCUCUGCCACUGCCUCAACUGGUUCAGGGAACUGGUUUGUGCCUUCUCUGGGGAGAAGGAUGUGGACAUGAGGGGGAAGGUGAUGGUCAGAAUGAAGGACAUCACAGACAUGCAGACACUGCUAGAGUCUUGUAUGGCAGCUACUCCAGGUUUCCUGCCUCCUCUGGUGACGGCUGAAGAGGUGAAGGCUCCGGUACGUCCUCGCAGGGGGAAGAGACUUGGGAGUAAGGGAGAUACGACAGUGGCCAACACUACAAAUAUCACUCAGAAUGUGGACAAGGAUUCGACCACCACUGAAAAGACGACUGGAAUGCCAACUGUCUCACUUGAUCUCUAUAGACAGUACUUCCGCGAGCUGGACCUGGGGGUAUUUGCAAUACUGGAGUACGGCCCCAUCUCCCGUACUCUACUGGACACUGAGGAACACACGCGAGAGAGAGAGGAACUGAGACUACUGCCGCAGCAACUCUCUUUCCUUCUCCACGACCUCUGCCAUAAACUGACCACCACCCUGUCUCAAUUUGGCUCCCGACGCCUCUCUGGAGGAAGAGGAAAGUCGAGGGGUAGACCGAGUUCAGGAGGAGGGAAGGACGGUGGAGGGAAGAUUCAGCUGUUUAGUGUGGAUGAGUUGGUCUCCAUGACAGCCAACAUAGUGGGGUCUCUCUGUGAGCAUCUGGAGAGCACCAGCGGGUUCUUCCAGGCUCAGUUGGAAGAGAACGAUGGUAUAGUUGACAUGCAGUGCACCCAUGAUGAUCACGCAAUUCACUGCACCAACCUCGACCUCCUUCUUAGAUCUAUGGCCACAUUCUUCGCAUGGCCUCCACUGAGUGAUCCUCACUAUUCUGAACAACUCUUCACUGGACUGAAGUCUCUGGCAUCGAGAAUUGGUCACGCAACUGGCCAGCAAUCUGCCUCCAUUCCUGAACUUGCUCCGAGUGUCCACAGGUACCUCCAGCAGUUCUCAGACUCCCUCCCCUCCCUCUCCUCUGCCCACUUACUGGCUAAACUGAUGGUAGCCAUUGGGAAGACCUCCCCCAGUCUCCACCCCCUCAUUUCCAACUCCUGUCAGGGUCUCCUCCAGAGGAAGUGGGGGGCGAUGGGUACCAACCAGCAGCGCAGCGACGCUCUCGAGUACCUGAUCCGGUACCAUGUGGAGUGGUCCGAGGACCCUCUGGAGGCCCUGGAGACCAUCACUGGGGACGGGAUCACUGACCUGCUCGGGGAGGAGGCGUCCGAGGAGUCCUCUUCCUACCCCACACUCUCCAGUGCUACGCUGCCAUGCUACUAUCGAGCGCUCAUGAGUGGGCUGGUAGGUCAGAUGAAGGCAAUCCCUCCACCCAGCAAGAAGACCACACCCACCACAGAGGAGUGUCUGGAGAGGUUCCAUCUACUGGAGGUUUCUGCAAAGGUCCUCUACAUCCUAGUCAACGUUGUCAAAUCUUUUGACAGACGCACGAUGCUCUCUUCAGCUCUGAAGGUAUGGUGCAUGCGUCCCUAAAACAUUGGCAGAAAUGUUCCCAAUGGACCUCUUAGUAUGGGAGACUGUAUAUUGAGCACUUUAUCAAGUCCGGGAUGCCAAUACUGCACCUUCUGUUCCGCUCCAGAAAGGAUGAUGUACAGGCAGUCCUGAAGACUCUCCAACAGAGCACCAGACUACUGCAACACUUCUGUAGCCACUCAAAGGUUGCCAAGGAUAUUGCUCUGACCAAUCACGUUCCUCCGUGCAAGCGUUCUCUGGAGACCCUGGUCUUCACUGUGAAGGAACUGCUGACUGCCUACAACUGUGCCGAGGCUUUUUGGGUUGGCAACCUCAAGAACAGGGACAUUCGAGGUCAGGAGAUACUGUCCCAGUCAUCACAGGCCAACACCACCAGUAGAGAGGAAGAUGAGGAAGAGGAAGGAGAGACAUGUGAGGAUGGAAGCAGUACCACCACCACAACAGUCACCAGAAGAGAUGACAUACUCGACUCUGACUCUGAGGAACGUGAAGACUAACCGUGAUUUAUUCCUCAACAUUCAUGUGUACUCAUCGUCUUUGUGUGUCAACAUGACAAACAACAUGUAUAUAUACUGUACACACUUCUCCAAUAAAGAUACUCUUUUACACGCACAAAAUUGUCUGAGUUGUUCUAUAAUAUAGUGACUGUGUCAAUGUAGGCAUCAGCGUGGUAGUAAAAAGAAUUUGACGCACUU